GAUGCUGGCUCAUACAAUCGCGAAACGGUUCAGUUUUUGUUUGACCAUCUGAUAUCAAGCACCAUCGCUUAACUUAACUUGAGCGGUGGCGAACUGGCGUUUGAAGGUUGAGCUCGCCUUGAUAAAGAUUUAAAAUAAACUUGCGAACUCGCGACAACUAACAGCAAUGUCUAUCGAGACGAAAAGUUUAAUUCCGGAAUACCUCAAUGAGGAUCUCAUCAAGGAUACACUCAUCAACGAAUUCAAAAACGACCAAAUCUCGGUGGAAGAGUUUGCUAUCGCACCGGCUACGUCGCCAGGAGAUAACUAUAUGAGUGAUGUGUUUCGCAUUCAGGUUAAGUUUCGGCUAUCACCAGAGGAGCAGAAUAUUGAACAAAUUUCUUUGGUGGUCAAGUGUCUUCCUCAUAGCGGUAGCCGGGGUCCGGUGAUUGAAGAAAUGAAUGCUUUCCACAAGGAAGCGCAGAUGUUCCUAAAGGUGGUACCCGAGCUGUCGAAAAUUGCAGGAGAUGAGUUUUUUGCCGCAAAAUGUUUUAGCGCAACGGAGGCUCCCAAUCGUUUGUUUAUAUUUCAUGAUCUCAAAUCUUUGGGCUAUACCAUGGCUAAUCGACAAGCUGGCCUUGACUUCGAUCAUUGUGCGGCUAUAAUGAGAAAAAUAGGCAAAUUCCACGCUGCAUCGAUGGCUUUUUGUCCAGAAAACUUGGAUCUGAUGGAAAAAUACUACAACUUUAGCAUGUUCAACCCCGAUGUCGAGGUUAAAUCCGAAUGUAUUAAUAUAAUUUUUGAACAAGGACUCGGUACAUUAAUUUCCAUGAUAGAAGAAAACUGGGACAACGUUAAUCCUUGUAUAGUGGAAAAGUUGAAAAAACUUCGUCCUGUUUAUGUUGAAAAGCUAGAAGCUUGCCUUACCCAAAAGUUUGAAGAUGGCUUCAAAGUUUUGAAUCACGGGGAUCUUUGGUGUAAUAAUAUGAUGUUCAAAUAUGACACAAAGUCCGGGAAGUUAGAGGACGUUGUCUUCAUGGACUACCAAAUAAGCUUUUAUUCGAGUCCAGGCAUUGAUAUCAAUUAUGCCCUGUCCAACUGUCCCAAUUUAGAAACUCGUGCCCGCUUGGGUGACCUACUUGAAAUUUAUCACCAAUCACUAAGUGGAACACUUAAAUCAAUCAACCAUCCGUGGAUUCCAACCAUGGCCGACGUUCAACACGAAAUACGUCGCAUGGAAUUUUUUGCCUUAGUAUCGGUUGUGUCUAUUUUACCAAUUACCAUGAUGGAAAAAACAGAUGCUCUGGAGGUGAACUUCGAGAACAUGGCUGAUCCAGAACAAGCGGAGCUGGCAAGGAAGAUACAAUACAGCGGAAAACAAUAUCAGGCGAUCGUGAAGCCAAUGCUGGAAAAAUUCAACGAAAAGCAUUUAUUGGAUGUGUAAUUUUUGAUGAUGAUAUAUUUGUCUUCGUAUAUGUCUGUAUUAAUAAAACCGGUUUUAUUACAAAUUCAUUUAGUGUAAUUACAUAAUGUGUUUGUUCUAAAGGUCACAUAUAAAACUGAGAUAAGCGCAGCCGAGAUCCCUACACAACUGUGAGAAGAAAUUAUGAGCCCACAUCGUAAAGUAAAUUAUAUUGUAGCUCCAUGGAUUACUCAGGCAAAUGAUCAUAUUUGGUACUUUAAACAAAAAAAAAUAUUAUCAUGUUAUCUUUGUUUAUUUUAUGUUUACACAUCAGGUCAUAAAUAUACCUCUAAAAAUAAACAUAUUGUAUAAGU